AUGAUCGUUGCUGUGGAUCUUUUCGUUGCUGUGGAUCUUUUCGUGAUGAGCUCACAAUACUGCGACAUAGCAAGUACCUCUUGCGCUCCUCGCUUCUCAAGCGGUGCCCUCUAUUACUACCCCAAUUUCUAUUAUUCUCCCUCACCCCAAAAUAGCCAUAUAUCCGGCGAGCAGGAGGGCACCGCAGUUACUCUGAGCCCAGGUUUGGUCAAAGAUACCGAGACUUCGUGGAUUGAAGCAGCAAGAUUUACAAAAGAUUUCGACCGCUAUCUGACAAGAAAAAUUGGCUUCGAAGCUGUUAUGCGGAUUCGGUGUUCCCACGGUCUUUCAAUACAGGUUAUUUACAUAUUUUAUCGUCACCUGUGGCUUAUUACUUUAUCCUUCCGCACUUUGCACAUACUCUAG